AUGGGGAGUGUAAAAUGGGUGAGUACAAUGGGGGAAUCUAAAAUGGAGAAGAAGGGAGUGGCCAAUGCAAGUUAUGCGUUAAGAAGUGCAGUUGUGGAUGCAGUACGAAUUCACAAUCACAUGGCUGUUGAUGAGGAUGAGCUUGCAAUUAUGAAAAUACAAAUUAACCAUUCCUACGGUAUUGAGGGAACAGCACUAAUGAGAGCUGUAAAAGAAGCGGCUUCCGAAACAGCACGGGCAGCUAAUUCAGCUGCAAACGAAAGUUAUUCAUUUAGAGAUUUGUGUAUGCUGUUGAUAGGUCAUGGCUGUAAUGUUAAUGCUGUUAAUAUAUUCGGUGAAUCUGCUCUGCAUUUUGCAGUUCAGACAAAGCAGGAAGAGUUAGUUCUAAAACUUAUUAUUUCUGGAAGUAACAUUGACAGGCUUGACUCGGCACUAUGCUUGUAA